UCCCGGGCCGUCUCCCCCGCCUUGGUGGAUCCGUUUGCCCAUGUUGCCUCAGGCCGAUGGUCCCCGGACAUCGGCCUGAGUAGGCUCCGGGGCGAGGGUGGGGUUCCCCUCGUUAAACAAGACCCCAAUUAUGGAUUUAGUACAUGGGCAAACGCAAGAAAAAGGUACCGCCCAGGGGUGAUCGGACACCCCAGAGCCGGCACGGGGGGGCUAUGGUCCCGGGUCCCCCCCUGUCGUCAUCGAACGACGGGCGGUCGAGCGGAGUGCCCCCGGGCUCCGCCGACUAUAGGGCUACUGGGGGAGCUGACGUUCUCGACUCCAAAUGGAGUGCGAAAGAUAUGGAGCGCAUUGUGCGUAUAAUACGCUUAUCCUCUUUUAUGUCCCGUGGAUACGAGGGCUCAGACGAGGAGUCGGAUGAGGGUGGGAACGUCUCACCCCCGAACGGCGGGAGUGGAGUAGAGCCGGCUCAACGAGCCGUGGCCCCCAUCCCGGACGAUGGGGAGGGGACGGCCUCGCUGCUCCGGCGGGCGACCCGGGGUCGAGCUGGCCGAGAAGGCCGAGGCCCCCGGGCCUCCCAUUGGGGAGUUUCGGACCCUUCACCCGGCGGACGUCGCGAAGCGGACGCUGGUGGACGGGGCCUGGGUGGCGGGCGCGUCGCUCGCUCUCCCUGUCUCCGGACCGGCUGGUCGGCGGACGCCGUACGGCGGAAGCCGGACAGCCUGGCGGGAACACGGAUCAGUGAUGUGAGACGGCCCGACUUUUCUCGCGCGUGCGCGGCCAUGACGUCACAUAGCAACGACGUCUUAUGUUUCGGCCGUUAUGGGUGCAAGAGACAGAAAAGAGGCUACAUCUACAACUUUUUGCGAUACCUCAGUGAUACUACAUUCACCGCGCACGCGCGAGAAAAGUCGGGCCAUCUCUCAUCACUGACACGGAUGCGCACCGACCGCGCUCGCGCUCGCCGAUCCGCAUCCGCGGAGGCGGCUCGGAGGGCGAGGGUGGGGACGACCCACCCGGUGAACUAG